AUGCUCGUUCUCUCGAUUGUUUUAUUCCUUGCAUCCGUUCACUUAACGCAUACGUCCAGAACAGUAUUAAAAUUAACAUUUGAUCCCGAUGAAGCAUAUUAUCCGCAAGGCAGUAUGAUUGAAAUUCGUUGUGAAAUGUUCAAUGCAGAUGAUACCGACGAAUCACCGCAAUUGUGGUAUGUCGAUUCGAAAACUGGUAAAAGCGCCCAGAUCACUCGAGCAUUAUUGAAUAAACCAGUGGAAAACUCACCGGAUAUAUUCAAACGAAACCACAAUGGCCGUUUCGAAUAUGUGAAACAGAACCAUUUACGUAUCAGGCAUGUUAUAUUGGAUGAUACAAGUCGAUACGAGUGCAGUUGCCCAGAUUGUGAGGAAACAUUAGAAAAACAAGUAAAAGAAUUACAUGUUAUCAAGUUAGCUGAACCUAAAUGGCAGAUCGAACCUGAUUGGCCCAUGCGAGAAUAUGUGAAUUCAAGAAUAAAAUGUACUGUGGAUGAUUUUUACCCAUAUAUUAAACACAAAGUCCUUCGGAAUCAUUACGAUAUUACCGCUGAGGGAUACUCGUUGUUAUUGAAUGCAAAAGCGUACCCACAAAAAUUUUCUUGGAAAGCAACUGUUAUACCAACAGCUGAUUGGCAUAAUUCAACAAUACACUGUGCGGUGACUAUAGGUGAUUCUCAGCAUUGGGCGGUAAAAACUCUUCAAGUUUUAUUUGCUCCACGUUUUGACAUGUGUUUCGAGGAACAAGUUAUCAAUAAAACGCAACAGAACGCUUCCAUUACCUGCACAUAUGCAGGAAAUCCCAAACCAGAAUUCAUCUGGUUUCGGAAAACUGAUGGAACUCCUCUUGCAGGACACACUGGAAUUACUAUUAACACUAUAGAUGACUACCAUGGAAGGUAUACCGAUGUUGUCACAUUCGAUCGUGAUGCGUUAACAACAGACUAUGAGCAAUUGUUAGAUGAUGGUUUUGUUGUAGAAUUAAAACAUCUUGGUGAAGUUCAAGAAACACGAACGAUUUCUAUUAUCGAUAGCUUCUAUUCAACAAACGCUCCAAAAUCGUGUGGUUCAUCAACAAACACAACUAGAGAUUUGUUGUAUUUAACUAUCCUGUUUUCAUUCAUAAUGAUUCAACAUUUAAACUCUGUCAUUUCGUUUUAUUAA